AUGCGGGACCACAUCCCGGUGCAGGCGCUGGACCCUCAGCUCGAGGUGCUCAAGAUCUCUGCGCCGCCGGGCAACCCCAACCACCUCACCAUCGGCCCCAUCUUCCAGGGCUUCAGCCAGCUGGAGGAGCUGCGCAUCGUGCGCUCCAACGUGCCCGCCAUCGGCCGCCACUCCUUCUGGGGCGUGCCCACGCUGCGGGUGCUCGACCUGUCGCACAACGACGUCUCGCAGGCGCUCGACUACAACUUCCGCGGCCUGGCGAACCUGCUGGAGCUGCGGCUGGACGACAACCGCGUGGAGUCUCUUCCCUCGGGCACGUUCCGCCACCUGCCGGAGCUGCGGCUGCUGUCGCUGGCGCGCAACAGGAUCCAGGAGCUGGUGCCGCGGCUGUUCCUCAUGCUGGGCAAGCUGCAGGAGCUGGACCUGAGCCGCAACCGCCUGGUCGAGCUCAGCCCGGAGGUGUUCAAGGACGUGCAGGAGCUGAAGGUGUUCAUUGCUCGCUGUUUCCGCUGUCCAGGAGCUGAAGGUGUUCAUUUCUCGCUGUUCUCCGCUGUCCAGGAGCUGAAGGAGCUGAAGGUGUUCCGGUGCCGAGGCUGCGGGCUGUCGAACGUCAACUCGCUGAUAUACCAGCUGCUGCCCGACCUCGUGCACCUCGACCUGGGCGACAACGAGUUCAAGUACGUGGACUCGGACGAGUUCCGGAACCUGCGGCGCCUGCAGGUGCUGCGGCUGGACGGCAACCAGCUGCCCGUGGUGCUGGAGAAGACCUUCAGCGGCUCGCCCGUCGACGGCCACCUGGACCUGCGCCACGUGGACCUGGCGAGGAACCGCCUCGCCGUGGUCACCGCGCAGGCGUUCGCCAACCUCUCGACGCUGCGCCAGCUCGACCUCAGCUACAACAAGCUGGACCGGCUGGACGCCGCCACCUUCCUGCCCAUGGCGGACUCGCUGCGCAGCCUCAACCUCAGCGGCAACACGGUCCCUCUGGCGGAGGUCAAGUACUUCCUGCAGCAGCUCCCCAGGCUCAGGGACCUCGGCCUGGCCGACAUGGGCGUGUCCCAGCUGCCCGCGGACCUCUUCGGCUACCACGAGCACCUCAAGACGCUCAACCUGUCGGGCAACCACUUCACCCACCUGCCGGCGCAGCGGCUGUCGGCGGUGCCCAAGCUGUACGAGCUGGACCUGUCGAGGAACCGCUUCCGCGGGCUCGACGACCGCCUGCUGCUCCGGCUGGAGGCGGUGAAGCGCGUGCACCUGCGCGACAACCCCUGGGUCUGCGACCUGUGCAACGUGAUGCCCUUGCUGAGCCGCGCCAACCGCAGCUCCCCGUCGUCGUGGCUCGACCUGCGCCAAUUGCGCUGCGACUCGCCGCACCACCUCAGGAGCAGGCACCUGCACUCGCUGCGGCCGGCGGCGCUCGAGUGGUGCAUCGCCGGCGACCAGGGGCCGGGUUACGCCGACGGCUCGGGCCGGCUGCAUGACAACCCGCGCGCCGGGUUCGUCGCGGCGGGCAUCGCCGUGCUGCUGCUGCUGCUGGCGGCGUCGGCGCUGCUGGCGUGGCUCGCCUACUCGCGGCACCACGCCGCCAGGUACUACACGCGCGAGGAGGCGCGCGGGCCCGAGCGAGAGGCCAUCUUCGAGAACCCCGCCGCCGUGCUGGGCGACAGCGGCGACAUCAAGUACAAGAUCGUGGCCGCGGGGCCGGCGGCGGACUCCCAGCACCCGGCGCCGCUCAAGAAGAAGAAGAAGAAGACCGUCACCAUCUGCACCAUCGACAGCAUCGCCAAGGACCCGGAGCUGCGCACCUUGACGAACGGCACCUGA